AUGGCUGCCUCUGCGCCCCAUGGCCCGUCCAAGGACAGGCCGCUGCGCCCGCUGUCCAGCGCCACGGACCUCACCGACUUCACCCACUCGACCCUCGAGCCCGAUUCAGACCCCCAGUCAGACGAGUGCCCAGACAAUUCCGAGAUACAGAGCCUCACGCCAAGCAUCUUCGACUACGUCAAGAAGUAUGGCAGGACCUACCACGGCUACCAGGCUGGCGCCUACCCAUUCCCCAACGAUGCGCCUGAGAUAGAGCGUCUCGACAUGCAGCAUGUUAUCCUCACGGCUCUAUUCCACCAGCGGAAUUACCUCGCGCCCCUCAAGCAGAAGCGCCCAAAGCGAAUGCUCGACAUUGGCUGCGGCACCGGCAAGUGGUGCUUCGAGAUGGCGAAUGAGUUCCCAAAGUGUCGGGUUGAGGGUAUCGACCUGUCUCCAAUCCAGCCAAAGAUCUCGUGCGAAAAUGUCGACUUCUUCAUGGAUGACAUCAACCGCCCGGAAUGGUGGCACUGUACCCAGCCCUACGACUACAUCCACACGCGCAUGUCCCUGGGCAUCUUCCGCGACUUUCGCGAAAUCAUCCAAAAGGGCUUCAACAACCUCAACCCCGGCGGAUGGAUGGAGUCGCAGGAGAUUUACUCAAAGGUCUACUGCAACGACGGCACAAUGCCCCCCGACUACGCCCUCCUCGAAUGGACGCAGACCGAGGACGAGGCUGCCAUGCGCCUGGGCCGGCCCCUGCGCAUUGCCAACAAGCUCAAACGCUGGUAUGAGCAGGCGGGCUUUGUCGACGUCCACGAGGAGAUUUUUGCCAUUCCCGUGAAUUCGUGGCCAAAGGACGAGCGCAUGAAGGUGCUGGGCAAGUGGUUCUACUGGAACAUGUGCGCUGGCGUGCAUGCGUGGAGCAUUGAGUACUUUGUCACGGCUCUCGGGUGGUCUCCCGCCGAAGUCGAAGUGUACCUUGCCCACGUGCGCACUGCUCUUGCGGACAAGUCAGUACAUGCAUACUAUAAGGUAUAUGUAGUUUGGGGUCGCAAACCCCGCGCCGACGAACCCCCAAGUAAGACGCCCAAACCACCAGACUGGCCCCAGCCACCCGCCGACAAUGACUUUUCCUACGCCUCUUGAUGCUAUUCGAAACAGUUGGGCGUUUGAGCUACUUUGCACAAGUAGCCUGCCACUAUCCCGUUUGUCGUCACCUUGGCCAGCAAUCGUGUCGUCAAUUUCUUUUUUUUUUCCUGCUUACUUCUUUCUUUCCUUGGAAUUACGGAGGUAAUCUGUGUGUUUAUUCUCUCUUCUUUUAUGUUC